AUGGCGCGCAGUAGCCUAUCGGAUCCGGCCCUUGCUUACCAAAGCAUUGGACCGGGUUCGAGUCCGGCGUACACCAAUGAAUAUUUUCAAUAUUUAAGUGUAUUAUUCUGCUCAGCCCAAGAAAUAAAACGAGUUCCAAUCUCAAAAAGUUUACCCCCUAUAGUAGUCGCUCAUGACCUUAGUAGUUUAUGCGACUUUAAACAAAUUAAGAAAGAAAAAAAAAAAAUAUAUAUAAAUAAUAAAAGUAAUAACAUCAAUUUUAUUCUACUAACAUUACUCAUAAAGUUGGGCGACAUAAAAAGUGCAAGGAAAAGAAAAGUCAAAGAUGAAGUAGGGAAGGAAAAAACGUGCUAA